UGUUCCAAGGGGACCAAUCCCACCGCCCACUUGCGGGAGACCCAUUUAAAGCCAAAGUUUUUUUUUGCUCUGUAUGAACUUAGCCCACCAAAAUUAGCACCAGGAGGAAUCGAACCUUAGACCUUGAGAGAAUCAUACUCCAAGGACCCAAGCCACCACCACUAUACCAACCCCAAGUGGGUUUAAUAAAUAAAUAAAUAUACUACUCGUUAAAGUUAUGCAUUGAGUGACAUGCGUGAUUAUAUUUUUUUUUAUUUAUCUCGAUGAAUAUUUUUAAAAUAUCAAUUUUUUAUAAUUUUUACCUGUUCAAUUUUUUUAAUAAUUUUUUAUAAAAAUAACUAAAUAUAUUACUCGUUAAAAUUAUGCAUUGAGUGACAUGCGUGAAUCGGUUAACUGUGAUACUUUUUUGAGAUGGAGGGAGUAUUUUGUAUGAUGAUCACUAUAAAUAGUUGUUGAUUUGUAUCUACAUUGUAAUCUUAUCUUAGUUUAUAAAGAUGAAAACCAAAUCACUUAUCUUCACUUUAUUUCUUUGGGAACUAAUUCUUUUCUCUGUUGUGUCAAUUGAGUCAUCCAAAGAUGAGAAUCAAUUUGGUGUAAUAGAAGAAUCUAAAACCAAAAUUGGGAUAGAUGGUUGGAGAGACUGGGGAAACUGGAUAGGUUGGGGUAGAGGGGGAAAUGGUGGAGGAGGAGACAAAGAAGGUAAACAAAAUGGAAGUGAAAGAGACAAAAGAAGUAGAUAUUCUGGUGGAGGUUGGAGAACUUGGGGACACUAUAAAGGUUUAAGAGGUGGCUCAGGCAGCAAAAAUGGAGGACACAGGGGAAAUCCAUGAAAAUUAGGCGCAUGUAUGUGUGUAUUUAGUCACUUACUCUGUCUCAUUUCAUAUUUAGUCUAUAAUACGAUGAACAUAUUUUUCUCAAUUAAUAUAUGUCUUUCACUUAUAUCAUUGAAUUGUAACACUUAUAUUAUUACAAUUAAAUAAAGGGUGUCGUUAACAUGUGCAUAUAGGGCACAUGAUA